AUGUAUAAUAACCAAAAUCUGUACCCUAAGGAAUUCAGGAUGGCUGGAUUAGUCUUCUAUUGUAUUAUCUUCAUAAUUGGGAUAAUGGUCAACCUUACUGCCCUUUGGGUCUUUGCUCUGACCACCAAAAGAAGGAGUUCUGUUUCCAUUUACAUGAUAAAUGUAGCUAUAGUGGAUUUGAUUUUCAUCCUUUUGCUGCCCUUCCGCAUGGUCUAUUACAAUGAGAACCGCUGGCACUUUGGGGACAUGUUUUGCAGGAUUAACGCUGCACUAACUAUGUUCUACCCCUGCAUAGCUCUGUGGUUGUUUGCGCUCAUCAGCGCAGACCGGUAUGUAGCCAUUGUGCAACCACGACACAGCAAGGAGCUGAAGAGUGUGCGAAAAGCUGUUGUGUCCUGUGUUGGGGUUUGGAUUAUGACACUGGGGGCAACAGUACCCCUUCUUUUCCCCGACAAUGGCCUCGAUCAGAUGUACAAUUACACCACUUGUGUCAAGAUGCAAGACAUCAUCUACCUUCAACCUGACAACCCUGUCAAUUUUGCUAGGCUCAUCUUCUUCUUCUUGGUGCCGAUUCUGAUCAUGGUAGGUUGCUAUAUCAUCAUUGUGGAUAACCUCAUCCACGGCCGUACGUCCAAACUUAAGCCAAAAGUGAAGCAGAAAUCCAUUCGCAUAAUCGUCACGCUCAUCAUACAGAUUCUAGUGUGCUUUGUACCCUACCACAUCUGCCUUGUCUUCCUGCUCCUGAAGAGAAGUGAUGAAGACUAUAGUACCUGGGGUGCAGUCACGACCUUCCUGAUGAACAUGAGCACAGUGCUGGACAUCAUCCUCUAUUACAUUGUGUCUAAGCAGUUCCAGGACCGGGUAAUCAGUGUCAUUUUUUACCGUAACUACUUGAGGAGUGUGCGAAGGAAGAGCCACCAUACCGGAAGUGUACGUUCCCUCAGCAACCUUACCAGUGCCAUGAUUUGA